ACCACACCUCGUACUCCCUAACCACUGGUUCAGAACCAAACGAGCGGAUCCACGCGUGCCUCGCUCUUUAACUUGCUGCUACCUCCUCUUCGUCGGAGAAGGCCUCGCCAGUGCCCACGGUUGAUCUGAACUCGAUCCCCGUCGUGAAUUCGACACAGCCGGGAGCAAUAUGCAAGCUCUUCCGGAGUAUGACUACAUCUUUGCCAUUGGCAUGAUAUUUGCAUUCUUGGUAUGACAUGUCUUGUCACCCUACUUUAUCCCUCCCUCACCUUUGUAUUUUUUUUUUCCCUCCCUCUUCCCACUCGCUAUUGGAGGAACCGGGUUUUGGGGUUUUUGGCUGACUGACUGGUCGUGGGAUAACAGGAUGCCUGGAAUAUCGGUGCCAAUGAUGUGGCGAACUCUUUCGCUACCUCGGUCUCGUCUCGCUCCCUUACUAUGACCCAGGCCAUGUGCAUCGCCACGGUCAUGGAAUUCACUGGUGCGGUUGCUGUUGGUGCUCGUGUUGCGGAUACUAUCAGAAGUAAAAUUGGUGAGUAAUGACCGCUCUCUUGGCUCCGUUUCCUCUCCCAAUGUUUGGUUAGGCAGAGUAGUAGGGCUGAUAGCAGUGGCCUGGUGAAUAGUCAAGGUCGACCGAUUCAUCGAGUCUCCUGGUGUUCUCAUGUUGGGCAUGAUGUGCGCUUUGAUCGGCUCCUCUACAUGGCUCACGGUAGCUACAGCGCUCGGUUUGCCUGUAUCGACAACGUGAGUAACUGGGUGAAAUGGGGGGAUUCCCUGUUUUUUGUUUCCUUUUCGGCUGAUACUGAUAUUGGCUGCUGAAUGCUAGGCAUUGUAUUGUUGGUGGUGUCAUUGGUAUGGGUGUUGCAUCUCUUGGAGCUGAUGGUGUAGUCUGGGGAUGGGAACACAAGGGUGUCUCCCAGAUCUUUGCAUCUUGGGUUAUCGCGCCUGCGAUAGCUGGUGCUUUCGCGGCACUGAUUUUCUCGGUCACCAAAUAUGGUGUGCUCAAGCGCAGUCAGCCUCUCAAAUGGGGUUUCAUAAUGGUUCCAAUCUACUUUGCCAUCACCUCUGGUAUCUUGACCAUGCUUAUCGUCUGGAAGGGUGUAAGUAGCUUCUGUCGGGCUGCCUUUUUUUUUUUUGCAAGCGCUAAACUCUCUACAGGCCGCAACGCUCGACCUUGACGCUUGGACAGGUGGACAAAUUGCAGGAUGCAUUUUCGGUGUUGCUGGCGGUGUCGCUCUUAUUAUCAUUGUCUUCUUCCUCCCCUUCCUCCACAGGAAACUCAUCCAGGAAGACUGGACUUUGAGAUGGUAUGAUAUCUUCUUUGGUCCUCUCCUCCUCCGCCGUGGACCCGUCCCAGAGGCACCCGAGGGAGUCCAAACCCAGAUUGUGCAGGAUUACUACCGUGGAAAGGCCACCAAGGCAGACCUCGAGGCCGCGAACAUCAAGCCAUCCACGGUCGCCGAGAUGGAGGCUACCCGCGCAGACACGCACUCGGACGACCUUGCUAUUCAAAAGGAGGCUGGUGUUGGCUCAAAGUCCCUUGAGGAGGUUGAACGGGCCGAAGUGGGCCCCUGGUACGCCCCCAAGAACCUCUGGAAGACCACGGUUGAUGCUGCCCUUCACGGUGUUCGUGUCGACGUCAUCUCCGAGCAGGGCCGCGCUUCGAAGCUUUCCGGGAACAUCAACGAUAUGCACGCCCGUGCUACGCGAUUCGACAACAAGACCGAGCAUCUCUACUCCUUCCUCCAGAUUCUCACUGCUGCCACCGCAUCCUUCGCUCACGGUGCUAACGACGUUGCCAAUGCAACUGGUCCUCUCGCCACAAUCUACCUCGUCUGGCACACCGGUGUCGCCAACAAGAAGGCGCCCGUCCCGAUUUGGGUUCUUGCCUAUGGUGGUGCUGCUAUCGUCAUUGGCCUGUGGACUUAUGGAUACAACAUUAUGCGCAAUCUCGGUAAUCGCUUGACCCUGCAAUCCCCUUCCCGCGGUUUCUCUAUGGAGUUGGGUUCCGCCGUUACCGUUGUCCUUGCUACCCGUCUCGCCCUCCCGAUUUCCACAACACAGUGCAUCGUCGGAGCGACCAUGGGUGUCGCGCUCUGCAAUGGUGACUUCAAAGCGCUCAACUGGAGGAUGGUUGCCUGGUGGUGUGUAUUCCCACUCGCUAAAUCUUGAGAUGAUAGUAGAUACUAAUGUGUUUGAUAGUUAUGCUGGUUGGAUCCUUACUUUACCUAUCGCUGGCAUCAUCUCCGGAUGUCUCAUGGGAAUAAUUAUCAACGCUCCUCGAUUGUCUAAUUAGUCCAUGCGAUCUGUUUUCACCCUCAUUCUCCAUUAUUGAAUAUCUAAUCUCUUGCUGUGUAUUUCCUUACCACUUGACGUUUGCCGGGACAUUUAGUUCUGCUGCCUUUGAGUUUCUCAUAAAACAGUCAGUGGUUUACGCUUGUUUUUGCUCUUGUCCUUUUUUGAUAUAUAUAAAAAAACCGGGUUUUUGUUUGUGCUUUCUUGACGAAUGGUGGGGGAUUUUUAAAAAGAUUGUCUAUGGUACGAUGUAGUUCCUGCCCCCCCCCCCCCCCCCAGCCCUCUCCUGAUUGGGCUUCCAAUUUUCUACAUUGUCGCCGCUGUUGACCUGCAACUGCGGCGUGGGGGGGAGACGCGCACGUUGAGUAUGAGUAUUGUAUCUGUAUAGAGAAUAUAUUUAUGCUUGAUGGAUCAGCGGACUCAUUUUCACUUUUGUUUCUGAAAGGAGGAUGAAAAAAUGUUUGAGGUGACUUCCGAUUCUUGUGGGGUGCGGUGCAUUAUUAAGCUUAUGGUGGAAAGGGCCGGGGUUGCAUGGCAUGGCAGCGUAGGGCAGAGGUGGGGGUGGGGGUAAUCGGGUUUUUAGGGCGCGUUUCGCCGCCCCCGGCAGGCUGAAAUGCAAGGUUUAGAAUGAAUCUCGCGACAGUGAGCUAUCAUGUUGCCUCAUCGAAAAAACAUUCGAGAUUUUGGCAUGUUCGCAAUGCAUCUCUU